UCAACACGUUUUUUUCGGCUAUGGUUUGUUGUCAUGCAUUACUCACCGAGAAAAUACCAAUAAACCGUUGUUGGGGUUCUGGCGCCUGGCGGAUGCUUUCGCAAUCCUUCGUCGCUGAGCAACCGCCUUCCCGUACUCUGGAAACCAGAAACCCUAGGUAGGUGCUGAAUGGCGACAUUAUCGGUUCCUAAGAGUGAAGCGGCGGAACCGCUUGCUUCUCCUGUCACGCAGCAGCCGCCCAUAAAUGUUAGCCGCGAGGAUCCCAUCUGCAGCAGUGCAGUGGAGAAAAGGAAUCACGAAAAAGAGAACACCGAACUAACGGAUGAACUAAGAUUUAAGCGCGGUGUGGAUGAACUCACAUCGCAGGUCGAUGAGUUGGAGCGAAAAUUGAACGAGGUUUCUGAGUUUUAUGCCACCAGGAAAAGGCAUAACGAGGGCAAAGGGACUUCGGAUCUGAAGGAUAAGGAGAAGCAUGGCGCGAACAGCAACAGUAACAACAAUACUAACAGUGGUGGUAAUAACAGUGGCACAAAGAAGCCCGUAGAUGUGCCAAGGCCACAAGGGGUGUGCUCCAAGAGAAUGCAAGAACUCAUGCGACAGUUUGGUACUAUUUUGCGUCAGAUCUCGCAACAUAAAUGGGCUUGGCCUUUUAUGGAACCGGUAGAUGUCAAAGGGCUUGGUCUCCAUGAUUACUAUGAGAUUAUUAAAAAGCCCAUGGAUCUUAGCACAAUUCGAAAUCAGAUGGAAGGCAAGGAUGACACUGGCUAUAGAAGUGUUUCUGAUAUAUAUGCUGAUGCAAGAUUAGUUUUCACAAAUGCCAUGACAUACAACGAUGAGAGAAAUGAUAUCCAUGUAAUGGCAAAGACAUUGUUAGCUAAACUUGAAGAGAAGUGGUUGCUCUUAUGGCCAAAAGUUGUUGAAGAGGAAAAGAGACUGAAGGAGGAGGAAUCACAGGCCCUAGCCAAUAUGCAGAUUGUUCAUGAAGUUUCUAUGGCAAAGAUGGCUUCUGAUGUAGAGAAUGAACUUAAUGAACUCAAUUCACGGCUGGACGAACUUAGAGAAAGGGUGGUUAACAAAUCCAGGAAAUGGUCCACAGAAGAGAAAAGAAAACUUGGCGCAGGACUGAGCACUCUAUCCAUUGAAGAUCUAAAUAAGGCGCUCGAGAUCAUCGCUCAAAGCAAUCCAGAUUUUCAAACUGCAGGAGAAGUUGUUGAAUUUGAUAUGGAUGCCCAGAGCGAAACCACCCUUUGGAGGCUGAAAUUCUUUGUGAAGGAAGCGUUGGAGCAUCAAACCAAAAUUUCUGCAAACAAGGAUAAUGGCAACUUAAAACGCAAGGAAUUCUGUGAUGCUCUGGCCAAAACUGCCAGGAAACGAAGCAAAAAGCUUGGUUCUUCCUGAUGCAAAUCUGAUAAAUAUUCUAGAAAUUUUGUGAUUUAUCGUGCAUAAUCUUUAUUAUCUACUUUGGCUUGUGAGCAUCAGUAGAUUUGGCUACUGUACUAUAUUACAGCAGCUCACUGGUAUACUUAUAUGCGGACUGAUACACAAUGGGCUCUUGUAGAUUUUCAUACACCGCUCCUAAUCAUAGUUGAAGAAUAUUAGAAGUUGUAGAUAGCAACAAGUUUUUAUCAUCUCUUUGUCUUGUA